GAGGUGCGCGAUUGGUUUUCUCCUCACCCCCCCCCUCCCCUAAAGACAACAAUCGAUUCGAUUAGUCAGAGAAGCGGCGGAGACAACGUCGGGAUCGUGGGGGGUGGUUUUGAGGAUAAGAAAAGCCGGGGGUAUGGAGUCAGUCAGUGGAAAGCAGCAGCAGCCGCCCGGGAGACGCUAACUCGAAGUCUUCUUUCCCCUGCCCCCUCCCUCUAAUAUUUGGGGAGGGGGGAUUCGAGUGGUCUUUAAAUAGGCCCCAAGUGCGACCAGGACCUCAGUUAGUGAAAGGUGCCCCGGGGCUGGGGGAGGGACGUGGGGGUGCAGAGAGAAUCGUCAGGGUGGAUGGAAGGAGGCACUUCCUGAGACACGUCGGGUGCUGGGAGAAAGGAGUAAAGACGAGCUUUAAUCACCACCACCACCACCCCCCUUUCCAGACACUGGGGGGUGGGGGUGGGGAGGAAGACCUGUCUCUAAGCCCUCCCCUCAAGCCCCAGGAAGGGCUGUAGGUGAGGGAGAGCCCAAACUCGCCAGUCGGAGAACAAUACUGUCUUUGCGAGUGAGCUGCUGCCCCCAGCUUUUAACCACAGUCAGGGUCAUAAUACCGACCCGCCAAAGCUGCACGAGAAUAAUACUGACCUAGGAGAGAAUUACUGCCUUAAUCUGUGUAAUAAUUCUCUAGAGCUGCAAGGAAGCUUUAACUGCAGUUACAAUAAUGGUACUGACCUAGGAAAACAGCAAAAAAAAACCCUGUCGUGAGAAUUAUUGCUAUAGUUCGGGGACCAUUACUCUUGAGCAGGCUAAUUUCCAACUCUAUACUUUAAUCAUUGAGAUAAUAUUGCAGGAAAGAAUUGCUGCAACAAUUGGGGUCAUAAUUCUGUGGAACAGGCUGAUUUCCAGCUCCAGUGAAACAACUGAGAGCAAAUAAUCCUGACCUCUGACAGGACAGUUGCCAUAUUAGGGGUAGUAAUACACUGGAACAGGUUGAUCACCAGUUCCAGAAAGGCUUAACAAUUAUCAGCCUUAUAAUUUUGAUCUAAUAGAGCAGGGAGAGUACCAUACUGACCUGAUUUACUGGUAUAUUGAGGAUCGUAAUAAUCUGGAAGAGAUGGAGGUUAGUAAUACCCCUCACAGGGAAGACCAAACCCACCAGCUAGAGAAUAAUAUAAGAGGAGACUGUUGUCUCAAUCAAAGUGGUAAUACUCCAGGUCUGGCUGAUUCCCUGCUUCAGGGAGGUUUUAACCACAAUAAGUGUAAUAGUAUUGACCUAUUAGAGCAGCAAGUGAAUAAUACUGACCUUCAAGAUAAUUAUUGCGAUAAUAAGACUAAUAACUCCCUGCCGCAGGCUGAUUCCCAGCUUCGGGGGGGCUUUGACCAUAGUCAAAAUAAUAAUACUGAUCCAGAAGAGCAGCAUGAGAAUAAUACCGAACUUGGAGGGGGCUACUUUCACAGUCAGUGUGGUAACGCCCUGGGAGAUGAUAAUCAGAGAAGGAGAGAGGUUAGUACCCCUGCAUGGGGUGACCAAGCUCAUCAACUGGAAAAUAAAACUGAACCGGGAGUGGACAACUGCUACAGUCGGGCUGAUAGACUGGAAAUCCACCAAGUGAUUAAUAUUAAUCAAAGCGUAGACUGCAGCUGUGGUCAGGAUUCUAAUAUUCUAGGGGACAUGGAUGUUGAUGAUACUUCCGUCAGGAGGCAGCGCUGUCAUCAGGAAAAUAGUGCUAAUCUGGGCGAGGUUAGCUGCAGCAAUCAAGGUAAUGAUGUCCGAGAACAGGAUACUUAUGACCCAGGAAGCGGAGAUCAUCAAUGCCAGAGCAAAAUCGAGAUAAAUGGUAAUCAGACUGAGAUAAUGGUUAACAGUGGGUCGAAAGUCUCCUCAACUGAGGAAGAGAUUGUCUGUGCUGAUGACGGGAAAGGUGUGAGAGGAGCUACUGGUGACUGCCUGUUAGAAAAUGAGAUGAAGAGGGAUCCCAAGGAAGAGAGGAGGCAAGAGGGAGCACUUGUCUUGGAGGCUGAGAAGGGAAGCUGUUCAGAGAUCGGAAGAAACAGACUAGGGUCAGAGGAUGGGUUGUGUGAAGCAGGAAACAGUGAAUCCACACAGAAACUCGAUGGAGAAUCAAAGGGGCGAUUAUACCAGGAACGAGUGAGCAAUGAUAUCAGAGGCAAAGAUCUGUCGUCAGGGAAGUCUGCACGAAGGGGUAAAGAAGAGGGGAUAGACCAGGUAUUCUGCAUUCAUGAGGUCAAUUGUGUGGUGAAGGAAAACAUGGUGGAGGAAAACUGCUUUGAGACAGGAGCAGUGGAAGAAAAGGAGAGGGGACAGAACAUGUCUGCUGUACAAACGACAGAUAAAUUCACACAGUGUGUAUCAACAGAGACUAGACUGCAGGAAGUGAAAAUUGAAGCACUGCAGAAAUGGGAGCCAAAUACCAGCAGCAGUGAAAACAGCAAAGAAAUGGACAGCGAAAGGAGCUGCCGAAAUCUGGAACUGACUGCCAUACAGGAGGCGACUACAAACUUGAUACAACUGGCCAGCAAGGAGCGGGAUAUAAACCAGGAGAAGGUAAACUGCACAUUGAUUUUGGAAGCAGAGAACUGUGCAGACCAGCAGUUGGAGGAGUGUAGGGAAACUGAAUCAGACAGUGAGGUGCCAUUACCCCUGGCAGCAGGCACUGCCAGGUUACAGAUGAACACUUCAGCAUGUGACACUUACACUAAAUAUUCUGCUUCGCCCCAGAUCCGUUUGGAUUUAAUCUCCCCAGUGGGGGACAUCUCCCAUCCUCUUUCAUUGACCUCCUCCUCACGGGAUCAGGCUGGAGAUGCCACUUUGCUCUUGCCCUCAGUGGACAGCCGGGCAAAACAAAGCGUGAAGCGGGUAACCUUUCCCUCUGAUGAGGCCAUCGUUUCUGGAGCUGUGGAGCCAAAAGACCCCUGGAGACAUGCCCAGAAUGUGACAGUGGAGGAGAUCAUUGCUGCCUACAAGAUGGCCUGCCAGAAGCUGAACUGCAAGCCGAUUAACAAGCUGCUCAAACAAAUCCAAGAGUUUAAAGAACUUUCACAGAGGCUGGACUGCCUGGAUCUGAAAGGUGAGAAACUGGACUACAAAGCUUCUGAAGCCUUGGAAGAGGUUUUCAAACGUGUCCAGUUUAAGCUGGUGGAUUUGGAGGCAACCAACCUGGAUGAAGAUGGUGCAUCAGCAUUGUUUGAUAUGAUAGAGUAUUAUGAAUCAGCCACACAGCUCAACAUCUCAUUUAACAAACAUAUUGGGACGCGAGGAUGGCAGGCUGCAGCGCACAUGAUGAGGAAGACUAGUUGCCUGCAGUACCUGGAUGCAAGGAACACACCUCUCCUCGACCACUCUGCACCAUUUGUGGCUCGGGCUUUAAGGAUCAGCAGCAGCCUGGUGGUACUGCAUCUGGAAAAUGCCAGUUUAUCUGGCCGACCGCUCAUGCUGUUGGCAACUGCGUUGAAGAUGAACAUGACGCUGCGAGAGCUCUUUUUGGCUGAUAACAAAUUGAAUGGAUUGCAGGAUUCGGCACAGCUGGGAAACCUCCUAAAGUUCAACUGCACAAUCCAGCUAAUGGACUUGCGCAACAACCAUAUUCUAGACUCAGGCUUGGCAUACAUCUCUGAUGGAUUGAAGGAACAAAGACAAGGUUUAGUGACCCUGGUCUUGUGGAACAAUCAGCUGACCCACAAUGGGAUGACCUACAUGGCAGCUGCACUGCCCUACACGUUGAGUCUGGAGACGUUAAAUCUUGGCCAUAAUGCUAUUGGCAAUGAAGGUGUGCACAAACUCAAAGAUGGACUGAUUGCAAAUCGAUCGGUUCUGCGCUUGGGAUUGGCAUCUACAAAACUCACCUGUGAAGGCGCCGUGGCCGUGGCAGAAUUCAUUGCUGACAGUCCCCGCCUCCUCCGCCUGGAUCUGCGUGAAAAUGAGAUCAAGACUGGUGGACUUAUGGCUCUCUCACUAGCCCUUAAAGUGAACCAUUCCCUCCUAAGGCUUGACCUGGACAGGGAACCCAAAAAAGAAACAGUAAAGAGCUUCAUUGAAACUCAGAAGGCUCUCCUCUCAGAGAUUCAAAAUGGCUGCAAGAGGAAUUUCAUCCUGGCAAAGGAGAAGGAGGAGAAAGAGCAGAAGAUGCAGCAGUCUGCGUCAAUGCCUGAGAUCACUGUGACAGUGUGCGACAGUAAGGAGCCCCAAAAGAGCCAGGUCUGCCUGAAGACCCAGGAAAUGCCAGAGGGUUCGGAAAGUGAAAUCGUUCAAGAGACAGUAACCAGGAAUGCUGAAGAGCUGGUUGGCACCAAUGAGUCAAUUGUUGCGUCCUGCUCUGUGGAGUGUAACCUGCAGCCUGCAGUGCAGGUUGAAUCGGAACAGAGCCAGGCACAAUUGAGCCUGGCUGGAAUGUCCAGCUCUGAGAAGCAGGAUCCUUUGGAAACACGUUGUGGAAAGGAAUCAGUCACAGAAUGUGAUGGGGGUGACAGAAGCAGCCUGGCCACUGUUGGUGAUCAGCCAACGCUGAUUGCCACUGAAUUAAAAUCUCCAGGGCCUGAGAGUCCAGUAUUCAUCAGGUCGCCAAUCGACAUCACACCAAGAAACAACGAGCGCUUGGUGUCCAGUCCAGGCAGGGGACGCAAAGUCUUUUUUGUAACCAGGGUGGAGAGCCCACCAGAAAACCCCAACAACCAGGACAUGCAAUGGCAGAAUGAACCACUGCAAAGCAGAGCGCAUGCUAUCUCCACUAAAGAGGCAGAAUCCCCAUCAAAGCCUUUACCUUGUUCAGCAUCAGACCCACUGUCAACUUCGACUGUUCUAGAUCCUGCUCUGGAUGGUAGUUCCCAGACUGAGAGCCUGUCAGGCCUGGACAGAGGGGCAGAUAACGCUGGGCACGACUUUGAGAAAGUUUGUGCCAAAGACUGCGAUCACAUAAUACAUGGGGCUGCCUUACCUAAUGGACUGAAAGCAGAGCUUGUACAAAGGUUGCCUGAGACGACAGUGCUGACCACAGGCAAGGAUGGUAAAGCAAUGAGCUGCAGCAUUGAGCAUGAGUUUACAUCCCCCAAAACUGAAAAGGAGCUGGAGGAGUUAUUACUGGAGGCGAGUCAAGAGACCUGUCGUGAAACGUCGUGAAAGUGAGCAGUGAGUUUCAGGUCUUGCUGAAUGUGUUGAGGCUGUCCUUGAAGAUUCCCCACCCUCUUCAGCGCCAACAAAAGAUGUAUUUUCUCUCUUGCCUUCUCCUCAUUGCUCUCGCUCUCUGUCUCUCCGAGCAGUGGCCAUUGGACUAUCCAUUGUCAAUUCACCUUGCUCUUCAUGCCAUUCCACCUUGCCUCCAGAGAAGGGGUUUCUGUGACCCAGUUUGGUUGCGAUACAAACCAAAGUAAGCACCACCCCAGGAAGUUAGAUUGCUGCCGGACCCUGCCUGCUGCGGGUGAGUGGUGUCUCGCUUAUGGAAACGGAGACCAUCGGAACACGUGAUGUGUCCAGGACCAUUGAGUCUGGAAGAAACUGUUAACAGUGUGACUCAGGCAAUGGACGUUUGCCUUGGCAGUGCGUGCAUCAUGCCAGGGCUAGGAUUAACGCUAGUUCUCAUCUAAUGAAACCACAAGUAGGAUUUCCCUUCACUCCCUUCAUGUUUUUUGCUAGCAAGGGGCCGAUCCACUAUUCAAGAAAGCAGCCCCUCUGCUUAAUCCUGAUUGUUGGUCCUCCUUGUGAUCCUUCGUCUCUCCUGAUAGUGAAAGGAUUCGCACUGAGGAGAAAAUCAGAAACACUCAAAAGAUCAUUUUCAGUUCUGGUACUGUUUGUGUUCUAGUUUACCAGUGAGAUUUUUUUUUAUUUUGGAUUAGAUGCUAUUUAUUUUUAGCGUUGAUGUUUAUUGAUGUCUGGUUAAUGUUUUUAAAAUUGGCAGUGUGGAAUUUGCCUGAGGGGUUGCAGUUUGAAUGCUCCAAUUUUAAUGCAACUUUUGAGUUAGCAGGACGGUUAUGCCGAUUGGGAAAAGCGUCGGAAGUCACUCGAGAACUACUUAACUACAUGUAGUAAUUACUGACAUCGACAACUAGACGUUAACACUAAUUGAACUUGCUGAAUGUUAGUUAAUCUGGUCAUUGACCUAAGUCAUUGUCCCCAACCAUUUGGUAAAAGUAGAUUGAUCACCUAGCGGUUUCUGUAUUGCACUUAUGAAUCUUUGGUGGGGGUGGGGGGGGUGAUUAAAAGCUUUGGAUACAUCUUUAAUAAUUAUUCCCAUUAAACUGCCAGAUCUGCACAGUGAUGUUUAACAAUUUGCAAAAUCUUUUCCAGUGGCCAAAACACUUCUGCUUUUCACAGUUUGAUCUGCGGUGCAGCAGACAAAUCAAAAUCUCCGUCCUUUUCAGCAGAAAUAACCCGCAGAGUUGGCAGCACUUGAGACUGAAAAUUGCUGCCAAUAAAUGGGUUACUUUGCUCCUCACGCACUUUGCUAUAUACCAAUUUACAGACAUACCCUUCUUUAAUCAAAGGUUCAAAGCCUGUCACUUCUGAACUGGUGACUGUUCAGAACCCAGCACUAUAAUAGCCUCCUUCCUUCCUGCAUACCCUCACCUACUGCUAUUGGAACGGUGUGGAGGUGAGCCUACCCUUUCCCUUCUACCUGAUUAUGUGGGUAAUUGAUUCGGAAUCAAUUAACUUGACAUGGUGUUAAAUAAAACAGAAAAUGCUGGGGAAAGAAUUCCUGUAUGCCAGACCAUAUUCCUAAAUAGAACAAGCAGGUUAUGAAUUUUCAUUUCAAUCACAUCGCCAACCAGUACAGAUGCUGACAGACCAGCUGUUUCAUUUCCAGCAUGUUUUUAUUUCAAAUUUCCAAUGUCAGAGCUUUUUGUAUUGCUAUGUGCAAAUUCUUCAAAAUGGAGGAUAAAACAGUCGGCUGGGAAACUAGAACAAAGUUGUACUUCUGCAUUAUCCUACCACAGUUUCUUGUUUCCUGAGGAUAGUAGUCAAACAGUGGCAAUUUCCACUGGUCAGGAUCUGUGCAGAAUUUUGAACCUCUAUUCAGCAAUUUGUGUUAAAUUCCCACAAAACAUAAUUUUAUAUUCUGUGUCUGGCUUUGUCUUUCUCAAUCACUCACUCAUGCAUGUUCUCUCUCUCUCUCUCUCUCUCUCUCUCUCUCUCUGUCUCUCUCACAUGCGCGCACACUAUCAAACUCACACAUACUCUCGCACGCACACUAUCUGAUUCGCGCUCUCUCUGUCGCUCUUUCUCUUUCUGUCGCUCAAUCUCUGUCGCUCUACCUCUCUCUCUCGCUCUACCUCUCUCUCUCUGUCGCUCUACCUCUCUCUCUCUCUCUCUCUACCUCCCUCUCUCUACCUCCCUCUCUCUCUCUGUCGCUCUACCUCCCUCUCUCUCUGUCGCUCUACCCCUCUCUCUCUCUGUCGCUCUACCUCCCUCUCUCUCUGUCGCUCUACCUCUCUCUCUCUCUGUCGCUCUACCUCUCUCUCUCUGUCGCUCUACCUCUCUCUCUCUGUCGCUCUACCUCUCUCCCUCUCUGUCGCUCUACCUCUCUCUUUCUCUCUCUUUCUGUCGCUUUACUUCUCUCUCUCUUUCUGUCGCUUUACCUCUCUCUCUCUCUCUCUCUCUCUCUCUGUCGCUCUACCUCUCUCUCUCUCGCUCUCUCUCUCGCUCUCUCUCUGUCAUGCUCUAUCUCUCUGUCUCCCCACCAUCACCAACCUACUUACACACUACCUAAUUAAAAGCCAUGAACAUGAUCAUUAAUAAGAAAAGAAGAGACGUUUUCUCUUCUUGGAUAGACCUGAGGGAGAAAAUAAGAAGGGACUACUUCCUUUUAAUGUUGUUUGAGGUUGUCCCUAGGACAUAAAAUCAUACUUUGUAAAAUCACACUUCGUCCAUCUCCCUCCAACACAAAAUUUUCACUGUGAAGCCUGGGAAGAUUGUCUCACUAAGACAGGGUAACUGAACUGAAGCAAUACAUGGUCUUGGUUGCUCCCCCUAUUGCACAGGAUGAAUGGGGGAUGUAAGAAGAUCAUUUGAGGUUUCUUGAUAAUAAAGUUAGGCGAUCUUAUCCAGAGCUCCCUAUAUAAGGGAUACUCCAUUGUAUUACCUCAGAAUUAAUUUUGCAAGGGGAGGGGGUACAUUUAGAACUAAUUGCAAUUCCAACACUUUUCAGAAAUUUUCUUGAGUCAGUAACUCGCAGAAAAGCAGAAGUUCUUAAGUUUAAAUGAUACAGCGGUCAAAAUGUACUCUGUUGCCCUGUCAGCAAUGGAAAUAUUAUGGAAAGGCAUGCAGACAGAUUCUGUUAGGUACUGUGGGGCAGUGGGAUAGUUAUUCCCAAUUCUACCUCGCUGUUUUGGUUCACUGUGUUACAAACCCUCCCUUACAUAGGGCAAGGUUUUGUAUCUGUAAAAGUGACAGGAAAAAAAAUGAUGUGAACUUUGCUGGAAUGCUUUUUUUUAAAACGCUACGUUGUAUAUAAAGAAAAUUAACAUUUGAACAUGUCAUCUGGAUUCCAAUCAGCAUUAAGUAAAUCGGGCUUUUUUUUCUCUUGUGAUUUAUGUUAUGACCUGAACUUGAUAGAGUAUUUGUUUGUGUGUGUUUCUGCUACCCAUUAUUCAGAAAUGUAAAUUUUUUGAGUUUUCAGUUUUGAGAAAGUAAUGACAGCAUAUUCUGUAAGUAUUUGUUGUGUAUGUACAUUUUACCCAGCUGAGCCACAACUGAGGUUAUGUGGGGGGGAAAGGACCGUCCUUUUCUGACGCCUUAUCCUGGGAAUGGGAUGAACAUUUGAAAACUGGGUCAUCUGCCUCCUGAAGUUUGAUAUUUACUGCAGUUUCCUGUGCUGGUCGCUUCCUCUGACUGUUGAGCAAAAGCCAGUGAAGCAUUCUGAGGCAGUAGUUAACAGCCUGCCGACCGAGGUGAUCCCAGAUCUGGUCAUUCUGCUUUUGAGACAAAAGUAAGAAACCCAAGAAGCAGCUACGCAACUUAUCGCUAUCCACCGGGUUUUCACACUUGGAUAAACAUUGGCCUCACUUUCAGUUCUGAGCACUGGAGGGUGCGGAUCAGUCUUUUGUGAAAUUGAAGGAGAGAAAGUAAUGUACAAACUGCCUCAAAGACUGACUGCGAUUGUAAUGUGCAAGCCAAAGGUAUGCAAAGAUUUAUGACUACCCCACAUCCCCAGCUGUGACCAGUGCUCGAAAGAUCACAGUGGUAAAGGACUGAGAGAGAAGGGGAGAGCUUAAAAUGUUCAAACACCUCCUCAUUUCAUAAAAGAUUAUAUAUGUAAAAUAAACCUGUUUUAUGGGAAAGAAGGUUGGAAGAGUGGGUGAGGGUGUCUCUCCACGAUUAAUCCAAAUUAAACGGGACGAUGGCAUCAGUCUGAAGGGCUGAAUGUCAGAUUCCAGAUGAUCUUUUAAGAAGUGCAAUAAAUGUUUCAGGGCAGUGCAUCAAGACUUAACUGCAUGCAAGUUACAGCAGGAUAUGUAUAAAUUGAUUCUGUAACUUCCAAAUGCUGAGGAUCUGAUUUCUAGUGUAACACUAUGUUUAGAAAUGAGCGUGAAAUGGUGUUGCUGGGCUUCUUCAUUUUUUUUGUUUCCUGAUGUUUUCUCCAGUCAGGAGUUUGUUGUAAUAAUAAUUGUUUUUAUUUUGCAGUGUCUGUUUGUUGUGGCAACUCUUGUACACUUUGGCUGUCUUAGAGAUGUCUAUUGAAGCUAUCCCAUGCCUAAAUAGGCUGGAUUUAAUAGUUGUGGGUUGUUGGGGGAGGGGAAAGGUUUCGAUACUUUGUCGUGUUCAUGUCCUGGCAACAUGUCAUUGGGUAGUUGGAGCCCAGAUGUUGAUACCUUUUCAUUUCAGUGGGUUUUUGUUUUUGGUUUAAGGGAAAUGUCACAGGAAUUGUCUGGAGUGCUGAAUUCUCACUCACUCGCGCACUCGUUCUCUCUCUUGCGCUCGCUCGCUGUUGCACUCACUUGCUCUCAUUCGCGCUCUCUCACUCAUGCGCUGUGUCUCACUCAGUCGCGCUCUCACUUGCACUCUCUUACUUGAUCGCUCCCUCUCUUCCCCCUCUCUCUCUCUCUCUCUCUCUCUCUCUCUCUCUCACACACACACACACACACACACACACACACACACACACACACACACACACACACACACGCGAAACGAUUCAUACUGGUUUCAGGUGUCCAAGGUCCCAUUGUUCAAGUUCCAGCAGGAGCAUACUCGUGUAAAACCAGAAUUAAUUACUAUUCCAGCCAGUUCUCAAAGCUGACCCCCUCAGGGACUCAUACCUAAAAUAGAAUGAUGAUUCAAAAUCAGAGGUAGGUGCUGCAUCUGAUGAGAAUGAGUCCGUAAUUGUGAUGGUAAACACUGCCACUUCUGCGGAAACAUGUCUCUGUUUCACAGGAACAGAAAUGAGAAUCUGGUUUCUGAAAUGUCAGUCGACACAAUUAGAAAUUGUGCAGCAGAUCCUGACAUACUAUGUAAACAGAGUACACUCGAGUGGUCUCCUUAUUACAAGGUCCCUAUUUAUUUACACUAUCUGUAGUUGGGUAAUGCAAUUCGUAAUCUCUUGUAAAUUCUAGAAGAUUGAUGUCUUUCAAGAUCUGAUCUGGAAAUGACACUAAUGUAGAGUUUUACGAUGUGACACCAUUUGGGGAAAACUGACCUUGCCCCUUUAAGUGAACAAAUCAGCCGUUAGUUUUAAGUGAGGAAGUUUAUCUUUUCAAAGAGACACUCAUUUAUUCGGUGAAUCCACUGUUAGGUUUGGGUCUUAUGUAUAAAUUAACAUCAGUGACAUAUUUAAAAGCUUGUUUCGAAGCCUUAAAGGUCAGGGAACUGCAUUGUUCGCAGCUGAGCUGUAUUUGGUUAGGAAGGUCCGAUUCCCAGUCUGGGCUAGAAUGGCAGAAGGUCUUCAAAACGAUUUCAGUGUGCCAGCGCUAGGCGCAGAACUGUCAGACAUUGUACCUGAUUCUGUCUCAGCAGUCAGUGCACAGAAGCGCACACUGAGUGAAAACAGGAAUGCGUACUUCUCUGAGUACUGUAAUACUCAGCCAGAAAUGAUGUAAUGUGGCAUUGAUCAUGCAUAUGAAUAAGGGUCACCAGCAUUGGCCAACAGAGCGAGGAAAGGAGAAACCGUCUGUUGUUUACCAGCUGUUAAUGAUUUAUUUAUCUUGAAUGUUUUGGCCUUGAGUGACACCAGACACUUGGUCCUGUAGGUGAGAAAGAGGGACAUGUUAAGCUGAAAGCAUGGUGAAUAUGUCCAGUCCGCACCACUGAAAUGAAUAGGAGGGGGUGUGAUGGUGACAUGGGACACUAAUAUAUUGAGAUUUCUAUAUCACGCAGUGGUUGUAUGAUCAGAAAUCACGAUAAUUGUGAAUGACUGAAUGGGAUUCGGGGAGAAGAACAAAGAUUUUGUACUAGAACAAUGAUGAUUGUUGCCGGGAUUGGGAGGAAGGUGUUUGGGGGAGGGAUUGAUUGUCCUCAGUGUGGCAAUUGAUGAUUUCUGAUAAUACUGCUUUUAAAAUGACUGUUAUACCAUGUAAGAAUUAAUGAGCAGUGAGGUUGGCCCUCCCAAUGUGGGGAGUGCAUCAGGUGUGACACUGUGCCCAGCAGAUUCUGAGCAGAGUUGUGUGUUCCCUGUCCCCCCUCCUGGUGAGCAACCUGGCCCAGCAUUUACUCCAGGCAAAAGGCAACACCGGCUCCAUCCUCUCAUUCCUGGCAUUACAAAACAAUUUGUCUCUGUUCUCUCCUAAUUCACCAGUAAGUAAUACCAAUUUAAAUGGCCUUUUUACUCCACCAGUGAUUUUCUUUCAGGAUCUAUUUCUGCUGAAUGAAUGGGGGUAGAGGUUCAUCAAAACAUUAGGAUAAGAUGCAGAACUGUGGUGUGACCUGUAAACAGCAAUCUCCCUGUCUACAAACAGGUGCAGAUUAAAAGAAAAAUACAUCAGUUCUGCACUAGUGGUGAUAAUUUUAGCAAUGGAAGAAGGGGACUGAUAACUCCUUAGAAUUCCAAUUGAUCCUGAUCCAAUAAUUCCCUUUUUUCCCCCCAGCUCCAGAAGUAGAGGCAUAGGUGGUGACAGCACCUGAUGUUAGGGUUAAACCUGCUUAAGAAGCCAGGUUAAAAUGCUUUUCCUGCUGCUGUUUUUUUUCUCUUUCUUCUGUCCUCUCCAACUAACACCCCCCCCCCCCCCCACAUACACACACACACACCCGUUCCCCCAAGCUCUUCCUCUUGCUUUGUCUCCCUCUCCUUUCCCCAUCGAUCUCUUUCUACCUACAGUCUCACUUUCUCUCUGUAUCCCUCCCCAUCUAUCCCUCCGCCCCCAUUCCUUCAUAUCACUCUCUGUCUCACUCUACCUCCCCAAUGCUCUCUUACUUAUUUGUCUGUCCCUGUCUCUCUAGCUCCUUUCUAAUUUUCUUUGAUACUGCAUCUUUACUCGCUGUGUCUUGCUAAAACUCGCCAACUUCUCCAAUGUAAACAUAAAUUGUCCUAACCGUUUUCCGACAGGUAAGACCAAAGCAGCAGAUUGUUUGCUAUCAUUAUUGUUAAAUUCCCUGGCUAUUAAUACCAACAGGAAUUCAAACUGCCCCUUACUAAGUUUUUCUGCUGAUUGACUGCUUAAUGCUGCAAAGCCGAUCUCUGCUUUGUAUUGAGUUUGCUGUUAUGCAGAGAAGACUCCUUUUCAUUGUAAUUAAUUCCUGGCACCUAGUAUGUCGCCAAAAUGUCCAAUCCCUUUUGUUGCUAAUAAUAUAAGCUAUUUUUUUAAAGAUGAGAUUAGGUGCCCCCAGAGUCGGUGUUGCUUUUCUUUCGACUGUUGUAGCCGUGGACGAUGGAGCAUGCAUCUCUGCCCAUGAUCAAUGUAUGUUGAUGCCUCCUCAAGUACCUGCACUUGUACAAAAUACUUGAUUAAUCUGUUGAUUCUGGGUAAGUGGGCAUAUUUCCACUGAGUCUCCCUAGGCUCUGAAAUGAACCUGGUGCAAUUAUGAGUUUUACAGCAUCUUUGGGUUUAUUCAGAAUCUUGGUUAAUAAUUAAAAAUAAAAAAAAUUUCUUAAAUUA